AUGCGCCGGCUUCAUACCACCACAACGGCGCUACUAAGCGCGCUCACGCUGCCGUUCACAUCGGCCUCCGAGCGUCUCGCGCAGCGCGAGGUUCAACAUCUUCCUCUCUCCGUCAUCGGCCGAGACAUCCUCGACGCCAAGAACGAGACCGUCGCCCUCGUCGGCGCCAACUGGCCCGGCCAUGAGCAGACCAUGCUACCGGAAGGCCUGCAGUUUCAGAGCAUCUCCAACAUCGUCACCAAGAUCGCCGAGACCGGCUUCAACUCGGUGCGCCUGACGUUCGCGACUGAGAUGGUGGACGACAUCGUCGACAAGGGAGGCGACGUGACUCUCAAAGCGACCCUGGAGAAGGCGCUCGGCGCGGAGAACGGCACCAAGGUCAUGAAACAGAUCGUCAGCAACAAUCCUAGCUUCAACGAGAGCACCAAGCGUCUUGAAGUGUGGGACGCUGUUGCUGAUGAGCUGGCACGUCAGAACAUCUACCUGCAUCUUGAUAACCACAUGUCCAAUGCUGGGUGGUGCUGUAACGUAGCCGACGGGAACGGGUGGUUUGGCGAUGCUUACUUCAACACUACCAACUGGAUUAGGAGCUUGUCUUACAUGGCAGAGUAUGGCAAAGCCAACUGGAAGUCCUUUUCAAGCAUCGGUCUUCGCAACGAGAUACGCGAGCGGUUCAGCUACGACAAUCCCCCCGUCGCUCCCGCCAUCGAGCCCAAAACGUGGGAGACGUGGGGGAACCGCAUGGUCCAGAGCGCCAGCGCGAUCCACGCCGCCAACCCGGACGUGCUCAUCUUCUUCGGCGGCCGGCUGGGCGGCAUCGACAUCGAGGCGCCCGCUAACGGGUGGUACGCCGACGAGCCGAGAUGGAACUUCUCCAUCGCGGAGCUGCCGUUCAAGAACAAGUUCGUCUUCGAGCUGCACCAGUACGACCACGGUCUGUCCAUGGACUGUGAAGGAUACUACGGGAUGCUCGAUGGCUGGGGCGCGGACGUUAUGACCAAGGGGCAAGCCAACGUGGCGCCGCUGAUCAUGAGCGAAUGGGGCCAUGAUCAGUCGGAUACUAAGCGCGAGUAUGAGAAGAACUUCCACAAGUGCUUAAUGGACUUGAUGGUUCAUAGGAGUGUUGGGUGGAUGGUUUGGAGUAUGGGCGGCAGCUAUUACAUCCGUGAAGGCAAAGCUGAUGUUGAGGACUUUUGGGGGCUUUUGGACCGUACAUGGAGCAACUACCGAGGUCGCGAUUCGAUCAAGAAGCUUCAGGCCGGCAUGAAGGCCACAUACAAGUCUUUCAACAAGUCUAUGCCAGCCGCUGCGAAGGAAGUUGGAGGUAGGUAG